UCGUGCCGUCAUGUUUACGAAUUAGCAGCGCUGCGUUACAUAAUUGCUCUCUAUGGCGUAAUCCUUCAUUUCAGCAUCUUUAUACAUCUUCUCUAAAAACCUCGGUACUUUAUAGAUUUUAAAUGUUUCCGAACAGAAUAUAUAUCAGUGUGGGUUAUGCCACAGUCGGAUUUUUGGUGGGUUUUUCGGCGUUUAUCGUGUGGAAUGUGGUGUAUAAACAGCCGUGGACGGCGGCAAUGGGCGGAUUAUCAGGGGUUCUGGCACUCUGGGCCUUGGUCACCCACAUUAUGUACAUACAGGACUACUGGCGCACAUGGCUGAAGGGACUCAAGUUCUUCAUGUUUGUUAGUUCUGUCUUCUCCCUCCUGGCUUUUGCUGCUUUCGCCACCUUCAUAACUAUAGCUGUUUUAGAAAAACAGGCAUUAUCUGACCCCAAAAGCUUCUAUCUGUCAGCUGUGUGGAGCUUCAUGACUCUGAAAUGGGCUUCACUGCUGGGCCUGUACUCCUACCGGUAUCGCCAAGAGUUUGCUGACAUCAGCAUCCUCAGUGACUUUUGAUUGGCUCCUUCAUCUGGAGAUGAAUGAUUUGUUGUUGACAGUUGGUGGCUUCACCUGCCAGUCCGGAAAUGGAAGGAUGGAUGGUUAUCCUUUUAAAUAUAGACUAACGUCUUCUUGCUUUCACAGAAAAGACUCAAUCUCACCCCCACCUUCCCUCAGAUCCAAGCCCUGGAAUAAGAUGCUGGUGAAUGUCUGUGAUCUUCCUCAUUCCUGUCUUUUUUAGUUUUUGAAGGUGAAGUGAGUAUGUUUUUCGAUGUUAAAGGGUCACCCAAAAAAUUUUAAUUCUGUCAUCAUUUACUCAUUCUUGUGGUGUUCGCACAACCUAUUUAGAAACAUAAUUUUUUUGUUAGUGACACAGAAAUGACAUACUUCACCUUUAAGUUUUAAUAGGUAAUAUUACAACAUUGUUUAGAAGUGUUUCAGGUUUUUUGUAGGAUACACUAAGAUGUGGACACAGGUAGUUGUUACUUUACUCAGGGCAACAUCUCCAAAUGUUAGAUGUGAAGUGUGAUCUCUCCUUGCAGUAGGUAGAGUGGGUAGCUAUAUAUAUAUAAAGAUUUGCACAGCUUUUUCUAGGGUCCUAAGCCAGGGAUGGGGGAAUGGAGGACAGUGUCAUUAUUAGCAUCUGCCUACAAAGCUGACUUUGAUUCAUUGUUAGUGAUGUUGUUUUUGUUAUUGUUUUCAGAUGUAGAGCAUGACCACACUAAUAUGUUUUCAGUUGAAAACACAUUGAUUUUGCUACGAUUAUGUCUCACAUCCACACUUGAAUGGCACUUUCCUCCUCUGGUACUGCAUACUGUGUGAAACAAUGAUGUUAGGAAACAGAAGACAGUUUUUAACUGAAAACGUGUUAGUGUAGACCUGGCCAUAGACAGUGUUGUUAUAUAUUUUGUUUAAUAUUGUGUUUAUACUGAUCUUUAUGUAUGAUAAUAAGCUGUUGAUUAUCAGUGACUACGUUCUGAAUAGCAUACUACUAUAAUACCUAUACGUACUAUUUGCUGCAGUAUGUAAUAUGUAUACUGUGUGCAGUAUGCACGUUUAUGCAGAUGACCUGCUAAAUUUGCCAAAAUGUGCAGUAUACAACAAUGCACACAGCGAAGAAUACAAUGAGCUCUACUUGACUGUUCCUUUUCCAAUGUGUUGAAUGAGCAGUAAUUACAACCAUGAUUUUUAACAUCUUCUUGACCCUUAUUUGAUAAGAAUACCACAUGUUAAGAAUUACAAGUAAUACAGAGAUGAUAGCUGAACAUCAUUUACUGAAUUAAACAUACAACAUGAUGAGGUUGUGUGACAACAAAGUAGCGUACAAUGUAGCAUUGCGUAAUGCAUUUUGGUUUCAUUCAAUUUUUAUAUAGUAAGCAGAAUGUAUUGUAUUCUCUGCCAUGUUCUGUAAGCAGGAUGCUUGUAUUCCAUUUUGAACAUAGCCCAAGUUACAUUAAUAGAAUGCUGUUCUUCUCUUUGCCACUAGUAGGGGUGAUUGAUCAAUUGAAUGAAUGACUACCUGGUGCGCUGUCAUCUGCAAAUAUCAAGGACACAUUCACUAAGCUGAAUUCACCAAAGGACUGAAUACUAAAUAAUGUUUUAUUUUUCAUAUAUUUUUUUAGCAAUUAUGUGUCGUCGUCGCCCCCUUCUGUUUUAAUGUGUUUUAAUUCAGAUGCAGAUAUGCUUAUUUCAGAGAAUGUACCAGAGUUUAAGAAGUCAUUGUGUUUAGUUGCUUGAGUUGAACAGUUUAGGAGCCAAAAAGUAACAAAAACAGAUUGCACUAGAUUGCUUAGGAUUUUAAUUGUAUUGUUUGUUGAAAUUUCGAUAGGUGAGGGUCAACUUCAAAAAAACCUUUACGCUAUAGCAUGUGUCAAACAUUUUUUUGUAUUAUGGUUGCUUUUAACCAGCUAUACACAUAUUCAUCACUGAUUACAGUUGUACUACAAGCAGUUAAAUAUUUGCACAGUACUGUAUAUGAAUUACAUGGAAAUUGGUAUUAAAGUACUGCUGUUUUAAUCUAUCCUACGAAUGCUCUGUUUUCCUCAUUUCAGAAUUGUUUUGAUCUGCACACUAUUUUAAAGU